CGGCGCCCCUGUGCCCAGGGGGGACUUGCGGCCACUGUAUGCCUCUAGCUGCCGCACGCUGGGAGCCAGAUGCCAGCCCCGGUGCCGCGGCUUACUCUGCUUCCUCAGGAAAAUGCGUCGAUGCCCGCCACGUUGCCGGUGGGAGUGCUAGGGGAAGCGGCGGCGCGGAGCCCUGCGCUCCCUGUCUGCCUCAUCCCGCUCCUCUGAGGCGCACGGAGCCCUCGGCGGCCGCUCACCUUCCAGCCAGAAGCGUCGCAGCAGCCGCCAGCCCCUCGAGGAGAAGGCAAGCGUCUCCCCAUCUGCCUGCAGGAGGGGAUCCGUCUGCCUCCGGAACCGCCGCCACCCGCCCGGGGGCUGGAGCCGACGUCUGUGGGUGCCUGGCGGGGCCCGCGGCUAUGAAAGCCCAGCCUGUGGGAGGUGUUCUCUAGGGUGCGAGCGGCCCUGCUCGGCCCGGCAAUUGCAAGCCGCCAGCGCGGCCACAGCAGAGCGGCAGGCGAGACGAGGCGCAGCGAGGAGCAUCCCGGAGACGCGGCGCCACCGGCCGCCAUGGGGGAGCAACCCAUCUUCAGCACCCGAGCUCAUGUCUUCCACAUUGACCCAAACACUAAGAAGAACUGGGUUCCCACCAGCAAGCAUGCUGUUACUGUGUCCUACUUCUAUGACAGCAUAAGAAAUGUCUACAGGAUAAUCAGUUUGGAUGGAUCAAAGGCAAUAAUAAAUAGCACUGUCACCCCCAACAUGACAUUUACUAAAACAUCCCAGAAGUUUGGCCAAUGGGCAGACAGCAGGGCGAAUACAGUCUAUGGCUUGGGAUUUUCAUCUGAACAUCAUCUUGCAAAAUUUGCAGAAAAAUUUCAGGAAUUCAAAGAAGCUGCACGACUAGCAAAGGAAAAAUCCCAAGAAAAGAUGGAGCUAACAAGUACACCCUCUCAAGGCAGGAGUGCAGAGCUGCAGAUUACACUAACAAAUGACCACCGGCAGUCUCCUUCACAAAUAGCUUCUAAGGUUGCAGCUGGCUCUGCUUACAGAUGUAUAGCAGAAGGUGCACUCUCCUUACUGGAAUCAGCUGGAGGGGAUAUUCAGUCUCCUUUAACGCCAGAAAGUAUUAACGGGACAGAUGAUGAGAGAGUGACACCAGAAGUGAUGCAGAACUUGGACCCAAGGGCUGAACCAACCCAGAACGUAUUGCCAUUUACUCAUAGUUCGACAGUCAGCAAGCAUUGGGAGGCAGAACUGGCCACGCUCAAAGGUAAUAAUGCUAAGCUCACAGCAGCCCUUCUGGAAUCUACUGCUAAUGUAAAACAAUGGAAACAACAGCUCGCUGCAUAUCAGGAGGAAGCAGAACGUCUUCAUAAGCGGGUAACUGAGCUAGAAUGUGUAAGCAGUCAAGCCAAUGUAGUCCACACACAUAAAACAGAAUUAAACCAGACAAUACAGGAAUUCGAAUCUACAUUGAAGAAAAAAGAAGAGGAAAUAGAAAGAUUGAAACAAGAAAUUGACAGUUCCAGAGAUCUCCAGGCACAGAGGGGUUCUUUGACUCAGAAGUUACAGGAAGUAGAAAUUCGAAACAAAGACCUGGAAGGCCAGCUCUCUGAUCUAGAGCAACGUCUGGAGAAAAGUCAGAAUGAGCAAGAAGCUUUUCACAAUAACUUGAAGACACUUUUAGAAAAUCUUGAUGGAAAAAUAUUUGAACUGACCGAGUUACGAGAUAACUUGGCCAAGCUAAUAGAAUGCAGCUAAAGAAAAUGGGAUUUCAGUGCCAAUCAGCUUAAAGAUGCACUAUCUCUCUUUGUAGGACUGUCUUGAGCUCUGCAUCUAAUUUUGUGCAACUUUGAAAAUGCUUUCCUGAGAGGGCUUAUUUUAAAUUUGAGUCAUACUUCAAUGUAAAAUUUAGAACUCAUCUUGAAGCUAGCUGAAGAAAAAAACACACACAAAAAAACCAAAAACAACUUGAAUUACAAAUUACCUCCUUGUACAUUAUUGGACAUAGAUAACUUGAAAGAUAUUAACAGUAAUUGAAUGCAAUCCUUUUCUAAUUAUCAGUGAUGGAAGUAGUAGUGGCCCAAGUUACAUCCUCUUUUUGUAAUAGACACAAUAUAGGUUAUCUGCUGUUUUAUUUAUUCAAGAUAUUUAAUUUGUUCAACAACUUAGUGCUGAUGGCCCUGUAUUUUGUUGUUCUUAAUUUCUCAGGAUAUUUUACACUGUGGAGAAGCAGUGCCAUUACUAAUUUAUUCUUCCCAGGUGUGACAGUUGCAUCUUUAAUUGAAAUAAAGUUCUUCCUUUUGGGGUUUUUGGUUGGUUGGUUGUUUUAUAUAUAUACUGGAAAUACUGUAUUAUACUGUAUUUCUUUAUGGAGCUUACUCUGAUGUUCUACAAUACUGACCAAUGUAAGUUUUACUUUUUCAUAUGAAUUCUAUGUAAUUACAAUGCAAUAUUUCCACUUAAAUAUGUUUUGAAACCAACCAAUGAUAUCAGGUGAGUCCCUCAGGAAAAAAAAAAAAAAAAAAAGAGAGAGAGAAUUUGACAUGCACAAAUAACAAGAAAUGGCCAGUACAUAUAUCAAAUAUAUAUGUUCAAUUAACUGUUAACCUGUUCUGCAGGAGACUUUUUCAGAAUGCCACAUGAAUUUCUGGUAUUGUGACUAAUGGCUUAUGGGGAACACUUUAUUAUAGACUGCAUUAAGGGCUUAGAGCUAUUGAAAGGGAUUGCUCAUACAUUGAACCCAGCCAAGAAAGCUGUUUCUAGAAGUUUUGUUGUCAUAGCAAUUUGAAAUGGAGACAUUUACUCUUUUAUGAAUCUUCAUAUCACAUCUUUAUUGUUACUACACCAGGCAAUAUUCUGAAUUGUUAACUAAAUGUUUAAAAACAGGAAAUGGAAUUAAAUUAUAUUCAGUGAACAGGUUUUAAAGAUGUUUUCAUGUAAUUUUAACACUUUGGGCAAAAACACCUUUCUUUAUAUAAUAGAUUUAUUAAAAAAGGAAACAACACAGAAAGCUCUGAAAGGUAAGCCAAGUGUCAUGUGUCUUGCAACAAAGUACGUUCUUGCCAUAAAUUGCUUGUAAUGUUGAAGAGGGCUUUUUAAAAAUGUAUGGAUGAAUGUCAGAGUUCAGAGCCAAAAGAUGCACUGACCUUUGUUUGUUCCCCAAAUUUGAUUUUUAAACAUGAAAUCUAGCUGCUUAUUAAAUUUGUACAACACAAUUUUGUCAUCUUAGAGAAUGUUAUAUAGAACUAGAAAAGUUUGUUUUUAUGUGGGUACUGUAUAUAUAUACAUCAUAUAAUAUACAUGGGUUUUCAUUUAUAUCAGAAAUACAUUAUUUAUUUCCAAAAUACUGUGUUUUUUCUUUACCAGUGAUUUACCAAGUGUCUCCUGACUAAUCAGGAAAGUGGUUCAGGUCAAAUGCUAAAACAUCAUGUAUUAUACUGUAUUUAAUGUACACAAUGUUUAGGUUUUCUCCAUAUUUUAGGGUAUUUUCUCAUAUAUUUUAUUUAUUAAAGGGGUGGGGGGACCUUGGUUCAGCAUGCUACUGGGUGAAAACUUUGUGGUGAGCUAUAUGUUUUUCAUUCAGUGGCUUUUAAACAGUAAUGUGUAUAUCUACAUGAGGUCCAGAUAAGCAAAUAUCACCAUGUUUUAAUUUACCUGUGGAUAUUUGGGCCUGAUUCUCCUGUCACUUGCACUGCUUCAAACCGUAUGUGUCCCUGAUGGGAUCAGCAACAUUCAUUUGUGGAAGUACAAGGAGAAUCUGGCCCAUUAUGCUCAAUGGACAGAAUAAGGAUGAAGAAAGAAUACAAACAAUAGAAAGUUGAUAAUGGAAUAAAUGUAAUAUUAUUUUUAAUUAUAUUAUUAUUGACAUUUUAAAAGAUAUUAUGUCAUUCACAUGUGGGGAAAUAGUGGACAGAAAUAUUUCCACUUAAAUUUUGUGAAUGUGUGGUAGAUGAGUAUUUCUAUGUAUACGUGUACACACGUAUAUACAGAAUAUGGAAUAAUUAGAUGUGCACAAUUUUAAUAUUUUCCUAUUUAAAUUAAAUUUUAAACUGGAAAUUGAUAUUUGAGAAUUUCUUUUCUCAUGCAGUAGAUAUGCUUCAUUACUUUUUUUUUUUUUUUUUUAAUACAAUUACUGAGGGCUGCACCUUUGAACUCCCAUACAGUUGCCUAACAUAAAUAUGGAAUAAGGGGGACAUACAUACACAUAUAAAUAAAAUCCUAUUGCUAAGAAUAUUUUUAAUGCUUAUUUGCAGUAAAUGUGUGUUUAAAAACUACAACCUAAAGUUCAUACUUGGGUGGUUAUACCUACUGUAGCCUCUCCACUUCUGUUUUAAGGUGAUAGUUUGCCUGUUUGAAACACACUUUUCCCAGAGACAGGUAUUAUGCAUUGUAUCUAUCUUUGAUGAAAUUAUGAGAAACUAUUUUAUGUAUACCAUAAAAUUCUGUUGAGUGCUAUAACUUGAAAACAUGAACAUGAACUUACACUGGAGAGAGGUAAGCAGUCGCAUUGCAUAUAACUUGUUAUAUGGCAACAACAGUCUUGUCUAAAAAAAUAAAAAUAAAUUAAAAAAAUGAUUACAAAAAAAAAAACAACUAACAGAAAUACCUAACAAAACCAGAAGAAAAAUAAAAAAUAGGACUUUUAUUUUGAAACACACUUGCUGAUCUCUGGAGAAAGUAUUUUUUUUUUUUUUAAUUUUUUUCAAGUACGUGCAAGUGAUAGCAGCUGCUACCUUAAUCUCUCAGGUGCUACUGGAUUUUACGUUAGCAUGUUAUGUUGUGAAAUUCUGACUUUGACAUUAAAGAUUUUUGUAAGUAUAUUCCCAUCUAGAUAGUUCGUUUUUGAAUUGUCUUGUUCAUAGUCCAUAUGCCUCAAUGAUCUAGAAAUUGUAUCUUUCCAUGUGAACAAACUAAAACGUGUGAAUUAAUGUCUGUUACAGACUGGGAAAUUCUUUUCCUGGCUAAUAUAUCCAAGAAAAAAGAGAACAAAAUGAACUGAUAAUGCAGAAAUACUGUUAUAAGGUCUCUUUGAAAAUACAUUUUCAAAUAAAAUAAAUAAAGGGCUAAAAAAGAUGUAACACAAAUAAGUAUCAUUUAAUACUAUAAGUGGAAUUCCCAAGAUAACUUCUUUAAAGAAAACCCUGCAAGAACAAAUAACUCCUCAAUUAUAGAUGGAUAUUUUAGGAUGUGUCUUUUCAGUUGUCGUUUGUGGAAGAUUUAUGAUUUCUGUUCAUUUUUCUACUAGUUAGGCUCUAACUCCAGGUUUAUCUUCAAUAAAGGGCUAAACCUUACC